UCGCUCCCUCUCUGUUCCUCAUUCCAUACCACUCCACACAAGACAUCUCAUCAUGCAGUUCGCACUCAACCUCCUCUUGGCUCUGCCAGCCGUCCUCGCCGCCCCUUCCAUUGAUCGUAGGCAAGAAGCCGGCAUCCAACGCAUCGCCGACUCAUGGAUCGUUGAGCUCGAAGACGGCCAGAACCUCGACGCUGUCCUCGCCUCUGUCAAGGAGGCCACUGGUGUCGAACCCGAGGCCACCUACACCAUCGGAAAAUUCAAGGGCUUCGCCUUCAAGGGUGAUGACAGCACAGUCGAUGCCCUCGCCGGCAUGGACGAGCUCAAGCGCAUCGAGUCCGAUGUUGUGGUUACCGCAUACGCACCUGCAGCCGACGUCGCCGACAUUCAGCAACGCGCCCUCGUGAGCCAGAACCCAUCGACCUGGGGUCUUUCUCGCAUCUCCUCCCGUUCUCGAGGUGGCAGCACCUACCGAUACGACAGCACCGCUGGCCAGGGCGUCAACAUCUACGUCCUCGACACGGGAGUCAACUCUGCUCACCAGGACUUCGGCGGCCGUGCUAUCCAAGGUGCCAAUUUCAUCAGCGGCGAGUCGAUCGCAGAUGGCAACGGCCACGGCACCCACUGCUCCGGCACUGCGGCCGGUACCACCUACGGCGUAGCCAAGCGCGCGACCGUCAUCGGCGUCAAGGUCCUCAGCAGCAGCGGCUCUGGCUCUCUCGCCGGAAUCAUCAACGGAAUCGACUGGGCCGUCAACGACGCCAGAACCCGCGGUGGUGUCGGCCGUUCCGUCUUCUCCAUGUCCCUCGGCAGCCCCUUCUCCCAAACCUCCAACAACGCCAUCCGUAACGCCGUCAGUGCCGGUAUCUUCGUCGCGGUCGCCGCCGGAAACGACAACGCCAACGCCGCCAACUUCUCCCCCGCAUCCGAGGCAUCCGCUUGCACCGUCGGCGCCACCGACAUCAACGACAACCGCUCGACUUUCUCCAACUUCGGCUCCCUCGUCGACAUCUUCGCUCCAGGCACUAACAUCCUGUCCACCUGGAUCGGCUCCAGCACCGCGACUCGCACCAUCUCGGGCACCAGCAUGGCUUGCCCUCAUGUUGCCGGUCUCGCUGCCUACCUGAUCGGCCUUGAGGGUACCCGCACCCCAGCGGCUCUUUGCCAGCGCAUCCAGUCCUUGUCGACCAAGAAUGUGAUCGUUGGCCCAGGCUCCGGCAGCCCUAACUACCUUGCAUACAACGGCAACGGUGCUUAG